AUGGGCAGCGGGGCUCUCAGGGCGCUGGGGGUGCUGCUGGGUGGCCUCGGCACCGCGGGCACGGUGACAGCCACCGCCAUGCCCCAAUGGAGAGUGUCAGCCUUCAUCGAGAGCAAGCUCAUCGUGCUGGAGGACAGCUGGGAGGGGCUGUGGGAACACUGCUCCCGCCAGCCCGAUUUACGGGUGCUGUGCCAGCCCUACGCCUCGGUGGCGGCCAUGGCGCCGGCCCUCAGGGCCGCUCGGGGCCUCAUGUGUGCGGGGACGGGGCUGGCAAUGCUGGGGCUGCUGGCUGCCAUUGUCACUGGUAGCUGCCUCACAGCCCAGGCCUGCAGCACYGCGGCCGCCGGGCUCCUGUUCCUCCUGGCAGCCAUCGUGGCGCUGAUCCCUCUCUGCUGGGUGGCCUCGUCCAUCAUCAGCGAUUUCUACAACCCGUGGCUGAACGCUGUGCAGAAACGGGAGCUGGGCCAGGCUCUCUUCGUGGGCUGGGGCUCUGCUCUGUGCCUGCUGGCUGCUGGAGCCGUGUUC